UGCAGCAGACACGCACCAUGGGUAAGCCGAAGAAGGGCAAGAAGAAGGAGGAGUCGGAGGAGGACGAGCCUUCCGUCCUGACGCUCGAGGACGAGCCCGAGCCGCAGGAGGCCGUGAAGAAGCCGAAGCGGAAGGAGAAGAAGAAGAAGAAGGCGGCCGUGGCCGAGUCGGACGACGACGACCCGAUGGAGGAGGAGGGCGGCGGCGGCGAGGCGUCGCCGUCGCCCCCGCCGCCGGCGCGGCCCAAGAUGUCUGGGUUCGCUGCGCUGAUGAUGGACGACUCGGAGGAGGAGGAGGAGCGGCCGGCGCGGCGCCAGCAGUCUGGCUUCGCCUCCCUGAUGGCCGAGAGCGGCGAGGACGAGGCGCCCGACUCGGAGCAGGAGGAGCGCGUCGUCGUCAAGAAGAAGGAGAAGAAGAAAGAGAAGAAGGGCAAGGAGAAGAAGAAAAAGAAAAAGGACGAGGGGCUGGACGACGACCUGGAGAAAAUGCUGUCGGAGCUGCAGAUGGAGUACACGGGGGACCAGCCGAUGGAGACGAUCACCGCGAAGCCCGCCGAGAGGGAGACGUCUGUGGAGGAGACGCCGGCGGUGGACGCCGAGAAGAACGAGCGCGUCACGGAGAGCGUGGAGAAAGAGGACGAAGGGGAGGAUGACGACGAGGGUGGCACCGUCAAGACAAAGGCGCAAAAGCGCAAGGAGAAGAAGGAGAGGGAGCGCUUGAAGAAAAUCGAGCAGAACAAGAAGGGCGGCAAAAAACAAACCGAAGAGCCCAAAGAGCCUGAAGAUCAGGAGGAAAAAGCUGAUGAUGUUAAUGGCGAGGCUGUGUCAAAGCCGAAGGAGGUGAAAGUAGAACAGGAUGGCGAAGAAAAACCAUCGGCCGCGAAGAAGAAAAAGAAGAAGGCGGCCGAAAAAGCGCCGGAGCCUGAGCCUGAGGAGCCGUCCAAGAAGAAAAAAGGUCCCGGCAAGAAGCUGGUGGCCGCGAUGCAGGAGGCGCUGCGGCUGCAGCAGGAGGCAGAGGAGAAGGCUAAACAAGAGGAGGAGGACCGCAUCCGACGCGAAGAGGAGGAGGAGCGUCGCAAGGAGGAGCAGGAGCGGCUAGAAAAGGAGCAGAAGGAGCUGAAGAAGAAGCAGGCAAAGGAGCGCAAGGAGCAGCUCAAGGCCGAAGGUAAGCUGCUGACACCGAAGCAGCGGCAGAACAUGGCGCGCGCGCAGGCGCUACUCGACGCGAUGAAGCAGCAGACGGCGGCCGCGGGGGCCGAGAAGAAGCCACGUCCAAGUCUCAAGGAUCGCCGGCAAAAGAAAAACAAGCAGGCGUCGCCGGAGGCGGAGGUGCCACCGACACCGGAGGUCAUCACACCGGAGGUGACGACGCCGGCGAAGCCACCGCCCGCAGAGCCGGACGCGGGGCUGAAGGACAGCUGGGAGGAAGAGGAGGACGGUGGGUUGAAGGACUCGUGGGAUCAGGCGAGCGAAGACGAAGCGCCGGCGGAACCGGAACCGGCACCGGCGCCGGCACCUGCCGCCGCGCCUGCCGCCGCGCCGCCGCCGCCGGCGACGACCGCGAAGCCGGCCGAAUCCGAAGACGAGUCAGCCGACGACGACGACGAAGACGAGGAGGAGAGCGGCAGCGACGACGACAGCGAGAGCGAGGAAAGCGACGACGACCGCACCGAGGCCGAGAAGCGGCGCGACCGCGCGCUGAAGCGCAUCCAGGAGCGGCGCGACGCGGCGCGCGCGCAGAUGUCGGCCGACAACCUGCGCGCGCCCGUCAUCUGCGUGCUGGGGCACGUGGACACGGGCAAGACGAAGAUCCUGGACAAGCUGCGCCGCACGAACGUGCAGGAGGGCGAGGCCGGCGGCAUCACGCAGCAGAUCGGCGCCACCAACGUGCCGCUGCGCGCCAUCGAGGAGCAGCAGCGCUUCGUCAAGAAGCACAAGGUGGCCGAGCUGAAGAUCCCCGGUCUGCUCAUCAUCGACACGCCUGGCCACGAGUCCUUCAGCAACCUGCGCUCGCGCGGCUCGUCUCUGUGCGACCUGGCCAUCCUGGUGAUCGACAUCAUGCACGGCCUGGAGCCGCAGACGAUCGAGUCGAUCAACCUGCUGAAGUCGAAGCGGACGCCCUUCCUGGUGGCGCUCAACAAGAUCGACCGGCUGUACGACUGGGAGACGGGCAAGGCGAAGGACGUGGAGGACGUGGUGAAGGCGCAGGCGCGCAACACGCAGAUGGAGUUCGAGCAGCGCACGCGCGAGACGAUCGUGCAGCUGGCCGAGCAGGGCCUCAACGCCAAGCUCUUCUACGAGAACGACAACCCGCGCGAGUACCUGUCGCUCGUGCCGACCAGCGCCAUCACCGGCGAGGGCAUGGGCAACCUGAUGGCGCUGGUGGUGAUGAUGACGCAGAACAUGCUGACCAAGCGGCUGAUGUACUCAGACGAGCUGCAGGCCACCGUGUUGGAGGUGAAGCAGAUCCCAGGGCUGGGCACCACCAUCGACGUCAUCCUGGUGAACGGUACGCUGCGCGAGGGCAGCACGGUCGUCGUCGCCGGCACAGACGGGCCGAUCGUCACCCAGGUCCGCUCGCUGCUCAUGCCGCAGCCGCUCAAGGAGCUGCGCGUCAAGAACGCUUACCAGGAGUUCAAGGAGAUUCGCGCCGCGCAGGGCGUCAAGAUCGCCGCCAAGGAGCUGGAACGCGCGAUCGCCGGACUGAACCUGCUGGUGGCGGAGCAGCCGGACGAGGUGGAGAUCUGCAAGGCGCUGGUGGCGAAGGAGCUGCGCUCGGCGCUCAGUGCCAUCAAGCUCAGCGACCACGGCGUCUACGUGCAGGCGUCGACGCUGGGCUCGAUGGAGGCGCUCCUGGAGUUCCUGCGGACCUCGAAGAUUCCCUACUCGGGCGUGCGCAUCGGGCCGGUGGUGAAGCGUGACGUGAUGAAGGCGUCGGCCAUGCUGGACCGUGAUCCCGAGUUCGCCGUCAUCCUCGCCUUCGACGUCAAGGUGGAGCGCGACGCGCAGGAGAUGGCCGACUCGGCCGGCGUCACCAUCUUCCAGGCCGACAUCAUCUACCACCUGUUCGACAAGUUCAUGAAGCACCGCGAGGACCUCAAGAACAAGAAGCGCGAGGAGCACAAGCACAUCGCCGUGUUUCCGUGCAAGAUACGCAUCUUGCCGCAGUUCAUCUUCAACUCCCGCGACCCGAUCGUCAUGGGCGUCAGCAUCGAGGGCGGCAUCGUCAAGACGGGCACGCCCAUCUGCGUCCCGUCCAAGGACUUCCUCUUCGUCGGCUACGUCUCCACCGUCGAGAUCAACCACAAGCAGGUGGAGACGGCGCGCAAGGGCCAGGAGGUGUGCAUCAAGAUUGAGCCGGUGCCGGGCGAGAGUCCGAAGAUGUUCGGUAGGCACUUCGACGAGACGGACAUCCUCGUCAGCCGCAUCAGCCGCGAGUCCAUCGACGCCUGCAAGAACUACUUCCGCGAGGACCUGCAGAAGCCCGACUGGCAGCUGAUGAUAGAACUCAAGAAAUUGUUCCAGAUUAUCUAGCUUUGUUACCAGGUGGGAGCGGGGUGGGGGCGGGGGCGGCGCCGCGGCGCGCCGCCAUCACAGUCAUAUUGCUGGAUCGUGUUUUGUACGCAUGAGCGGGCGCCGUCCGCCGCUGUGAUCUGACCGGCCUGCGUCGUGAUAUCAUCGCCAUCUUCGCCUGCAUACCCAGAUAGCUUUGUUACUAUGGCCGGCCCUCACGGCCGGCCGACGUGGAGUUGGACUAUGGAAAUCGGCAAACUGUUAGCGGCCGCGGCGGCCGCCGCCGGCCGCGCGGGGCUCGCCGCGGAGGAGCGGGCGGCAGGCCGGCACCGCCGCGCGGGCGCUGGACGGGAGACAGCGCUGCGGCUCUCAGGAGACUACCCGCCCAGACUGCUCUCAGACUGCUCUCAGCGUGCUCUCAGUCUGCUCUCAGCUUGGCGGUCGGACUGCGCCACCGCGCCGGCUCCGACUGCGCCGCUUCAGCCGCCGUCAGUGGCCCUUCCUGCGGCGAUCGACCUCGAGGAGCCGGUCCGGACCAGCGACGUCUCUCGCCCUGGGCUCAGGACCCGGGUCGGCGGCGCCUGUGGCCGGCCGGCCAAGAGCGACCGGCGCAGCCGCGCGACCAACCGGAGCUGCCGGAGAGCGCGCGUACGGGUCACCGCGGCACCGGCGAAUGCCAAUAAACGCGCCCUAACGGA